AAUCUUUCCACAACAUUGCAAUCUCUCACACACACAAAAACACAAAACAAAAUGGAUCGUAACAGUGUUCUCACCCUCGCAUUCAUCUGCAUUGUCGUCGCCGGCGUCGGAGGUCAAUCUCCUUCAUCGGCUCCGACAACAUCACCAACCGUAACAACUCCUACUGUUUCUCCCGUCACAACCCCUUCCAAACCUAAAUCACCCGCUCCUGUAUCUUCUCCCACGUCAGCACCACCAACUUCUUCUCCUACUGCUGCAAAUGCAGUUGCAACACCAGCUACGUCUCCUUCUUCAAAUGCCGCUGCUCCAGUUCCGGUAGCUAAGCCUCCAGCAUCGUCACCACCGGCGGUUACUCCGGUGAGUUCACCACCGGUACCAGUGCCGGUGAGUUCUCCACCAGUUCCUGUUCCAGUGAGCUCUCCUCCGGCAAAUUCUCCUCCUGUACCAGCACCAACAACUCCGGCACCGGCAGUUACACCAACCGCUGGAGUUCCCGCUCCAGCUCCGAGUAAAUCAAAGAAGAAGGUAAAGAAAGGGAAGAAACACAGUGCUCCGGCACCGUCUCCGUCGUUGUUAGGACCUCCAGCACCGCCGGUAGGUGCUCCUGGACCUAGUAUUGAUGCAUCGUCUCCUGGUCCGGCUUCCGCUGCGGAUGAGAGUGGAGCAGAGACUAUCAGGUGCUUGCAGAAGGUGAUAGGAUGCUUGGCUUUGGGCUGGGCUACCCUUGUUUUUAUCUUCUAGAGAAGUGACUUCAUUGUUGUUAUUACGAUCGAUAUUCAUCAUGUAUCAUUUAUUUUCUUUUUUUGGUCCUGUUAUGGGCUAACAUUAAAUUUAUUUACCAUUGUUUUUUUCAACUCUUAUUAUUCUAUUAUUAUUGGUUUUGUUUUUGUCGUUA